AUGUGGAUCACCGUCAAAAACGAAACCGCCAGCCCAGCCGGGCCAGAUUCUGUCCAUAGGAAGCCGUCGCUUUUGCCCUGUGCCCCGUCACCCAUCCACGUCUUCCUCUCACACCAGGCCGGGUGGCAGAAGCAGCUCCUAACCUCGGUGGUUACAGCACAGCCUGGCCCCGCCCUCCCGAGUCGCCCACAGAAGGGCACAGAGGUGUCUGCGGACAGCUGUCACCACCAAGAAUGCCCAGUGGAAGGACAAGCUUGCAGGGACGACCCAGCAGUGCAGAAAGGCGAGGACGCUCCCCAAGCAUCCCCCAUCCCACCCCGGGGCCUCAGGCCCCUUCUCGGGAGGCGCGGAGACAGCCGCUGGCGCCCCUCGGCGUCUAGGACGAGCCGGGCCGGAUCAGGCAGGGAGGACAGGCCCACAGAGCUGGGCGCCCGAAGCCCGGGCCCGGCGAACACACCCAGGGCGCCCGACGCGCAGGCGGCGCAAGGGCGGGCUGGGCCCCCGAGGACGAGUUUGGGGGUGCCCCCGGCCGGGCAGGCGGCGAGCCCGGGAGGCAGGGCCUCGGCUGGGGGAGGGGGAGCGUCCCAUGGCGGCGGCGGGACGCUCGGCUCGCUCGCUCGCUCGCUCGCUCCCUCGGCGCUCGGCCCGUCGGCGCCCGCGCCCGCUGCGGCCUCCACAGGAAGUGCCCGGCGGCCAGCCUCACUCCGCGUCCGCGGCUCCAGCGGCUGCCACGCCCCGCCCUCCCCGCGCGAGGCCCCGCCCCUGAGGGCCGGCCUGCUACAAGGACGCAAGCUCCCGGGGGCUGAUGGGUUACCCCAGAGUGGGGGAUGGGCGCACACCGGACGCGGACCACACUGCGCAUGCUCAGUUCGGGGUCCGACUGCGGCUUGGGCCAGAGUGCACCCCAGCGCCCCGCAGAGGGACAGGGAGGCCGAGUCUUCCCCUCAAGACCCUAUGGAAAAGUACCAGAUCUUGGACUGGCUGAGUCCUGGGGCUUUGGGGGUGAACCUGGUGGUAGAGGAGACAAAAACCAAAGCAAAACGCGUGAUAAAGCAGGUGGAGUGCAUUGAUGAGCAUCAGGCCGACGAGGCCCUGGAGGAGCUGAUGCCGCUGCUGAAGCUUCAGCACGCCCAUAUCUCCAUCUACCAGGAGCUCUUCAUCACGUGGAACAGUGAGAUCUCCUCUCUGUUCCUCUGCCUGGUGAUGGAGUACCACAAGGAAAGCUUCCAGAAUGUCAUUGAGAAGAACAGGGCGGCAAAGACAGCCAUGGACUCUGAGUGGCUGCAGAACAUGCUGGGCCAGGUGCUGGACGCGCUGGAUUACCUGCACCACUUGGACAUCAUCCACAGGAACCUCAAGCCCUCCAACAUUGCCCUCGUCAGCAACGACCACUGCAAACUGCAGGAUCUGAGCUCCAACACGCUCAUGACCGACAAGGCCAAGUGGAACGUCCGGGCGGAGGAAGACCCCUUCCAGAAGUCCUGGAUGGCCCCUGAAGCCCUCAGCUUCUCCUUCAGCCAGAAAUCCGACAUCUGGUCCCUGGGCUGCAUCAUCUUGGACAUGGCCAGCUGCUCCUUCCUGGACACGCUGGAGGCCAUGCACCUGCGGAAGAACAUCCGGAGCUCCCCCGACAGCCUGAGAGUUGUCCUGAGGACCAUGGAGAAGAGGAAGGUCCCCGACGCGGAAACCUUCCAGUCCCUCUUGCCUCUGAUGCUUCAGGCCGACCCAGCGGAGCGAGUCACCAUCAGGGACGUGAUUCACUUCACCUUCGUGCGCAGCAACUUCCGAUCCUCCAGCAUCGCCCUGGUGCUACAACGGCAGGCGGUGCCCGAGUUCAUCAUCGACUUGCUGCUCGACAGCAACGUGGCCAGCACCUUCGAGGUCAUGCAGAACUUCUCCAGCCGCCCGGAAGUCCAGCACAGGGCCCUGAAGAGGCUCCUGAGGAUGACUGAAGACCAGCUGGGUCUACCGUGGCCGGCGGAGCUGGUGGAGGUGUUGCUCACCACCAUGAAGCAGCACCAGAGGAUACUGGACAUACAGCUGUGUGCCUGCGCCCUGCUGCUGCGCACCCUGGGCCAAGCGCUGGCCCAGGACCCGGCGGCCACAGUAGCGAAUGCCAGCACCAUCAUCCCUGUGCUGCUGAGCGUCCUGCAGAGCCACCCCGCGGAGGAGCAGCUCCUGGUUGUGGUCUACAGCCUGCUCACCAUCGUGGCCAGCCAAGAAGUCAGGACCACUUGGCCACGUCUGCUCACCACCCGAGCGAAAGCACCUUGGAAGAGAGGCCCCGAGACUGGUCCAAGCCCAGUAAUGGGACGCCAGCUGCUGGAACGGUGGCCCAGGGUUGGUCCAACAGGUACCCAUUUGUUUCCGAGUCCCACGCUGGGCGCGAGGCUGGCCCAGAGCAGGCUAUGCGUUGAGAUCAUCGUGCCCGAGGUCAGGAGAGAAGGGAGGGGCCCUCAGGGAAGGCCUCUUGGGGAGGGGCUCCCCGCGGCCUCACUCCCCGGCCCACCCACAGGACUGGCCACAGACGAGCUGCAGAGGGCCGGGCUGUUCGAGGACAUCCUGCAGCACCUGGACGGCGUCCCCAGGAACAGGGACAUCUGCAUCCACGGCCUGAGCCUGCUCUGGGCCCUGCUGGUGGGCACUGUCAUCGUGAACAAGGCCCCCUUGGAGAGAGCCCCGGCUCUUGUCGCUGAGGUGCUGGCCACCUUCCCCAAGGAUGCAGAGAUGGCUGAAGCCGGCUGUUCGGUUCUGUGGCUGCUGUCUUUGCUGGGCUGCAUCCAGGAGCAGGAGUGUGCGGAGGUGGCGGACCUCCUCUUGCAGAGCGUGCAGCUGUACCAGGACCGAGUCCUGCUGCUGAACAACGCCUACCGCGGGCUGGCCAGCCUCGCCAAGGUGUCCGAGCUGGCAGCCCUGCAGGUGGUGAUGCCCAGGGAGAGCGGCAGCGGCCUGGACCUCAUCCUGGAGACGUACCAGCUGCACCGCGACGACCCGGAGGUGGUGGAGAGCAUGUGCCUGCUGCUGGCCCACCUGGCCGCGUACAAGGAGAUCCUGUCUGAGCUGGCGUCCAGCAGCAUCCAGCCCCUGGUUGCGGAGAUCCACGGACGCUUCACCUCCAGCCUGGAGCUCGUUUCUUACGCAGCCAGCGUGCUCCGCAGACUGGAGGCGGCCGCCCAGUCCAGUUCUGAGGGUGGCCGGUAGGCACCACCCUGGCCUCCUCUCCUCCUCGACCUGUACCUGACGGGGCGCCCAGUGCCACAGGCGUCUCCUGGGGGAGCGGGGUCAGAAGAGGUGGGACCCAGCCGUCCUCUCAGGCACGGGCCUCCACAAGGUGCAGCUCAAGUAAAAACAUGCGUUUAUGUCACACAA